AUGUCUCUCUGUCUGUCGUGGGAUAACCACAGACUUCGACAACUGGAGAAAGAUGUAGUUUCACUGGAGUCUUCUCUUAAUAAAUCCACUUCCCAUGCAGAUAUUGUUGAAGCAAAAAGCAUUAUUACAACAUUCAAUACAACCCUAUCUAAUGACCUCAACAAUACCCAAAACAGGAAGUUCCUUCGGGAUGGUGUUCCAGCAACAAACAGAACUAGGUCUAAUAUGUUGUCAUCUCGUCCUUCUGCUAAAAAACAGCGCUCUAGACGCUUCAAGCGCAAGAAGCAAACAAGUGAAGACGAGUCCUUGGUCGAUACCAACACCUGCCCAGUUCUGAACACAUCUAAGGUUCCUCUCACAGACGUUGAGACUUCGCUACUAUCUAAAGGUCUCAAUUUCUGUCCAACACCGCAUGAGGUCGAUGACAAAAAGGUUAGAGAGGACACCAGAGCAUUUUUCCGAAGGCUAAGAUUAAAGGAACACUUCUCGCGAAAAGACUCCAGCAAUGAUCACACAGACGAACCUCCUCCGCCCUUGCACAACUUAGAGGAACAUAAGUUGUACCGACCCAAAAGUACUUGGGAACCGGCACCGGGCAAAUGUGGAGCACUUGAGUCUUACAUUGAUGCUGUUGAGUCAGACAUUGAGAAGCUCCUGACCAACCAAAAAAUCGUCCCUGACAAUCUGACGAAAGAAGAGAGAUCUGCUCUACAAAGGUUGAAAAACAGGGACGACAUAGUCAUAAAGAAAGCAGACAAAGGAUCCACAGUGGUUGUCCUAGACAAACAAGCGUAUUUAGCUGAAGCCAACAGACAGCUGACAGACGAUCGUUUUUACAAGAAACUGGACUCUGAUCCUACUGAAGAGUUUUCAGCUCUCAUCACUAACACCCUGGACAAAAUGUAUGAAAAUGAUGAGAUUGGUGUUAAUGUUUAUGAAACGCUUCGCCCAACCAAAUGUGGACCAGGUCAAUUUUAUCUGCUUCCAAAAAUCCACAAGGAAGGAAUGCCUGGGCGCCCUAUAGUCAGUGCCAUCGGCCACCCCACGGAGAAAAUAUCUGAAUUUAUAGAUUUACAUCUCCGUCCACAUGUAGAAGAUUUGCCAUCAUACCUCAAGGACACUACAGAUUACCUGAAUAAAACACCUUCCUCUGGCCUGCCAGACCAUACUCUUCUCGUUACAAUGGAUGUCACGUCCUUGUACACGAACAUUCCUCACGAUGAAGGUAUCGAGGCCUGCAGGGAGGUAUGGGACAGUAGAACGAUUCAGCAGCCGUCAACGGAAUCUCUACUCAAGCUCCUUGAACAUGUUCUCAAGCUGAACAAUUUAAUGUUUAAUGGCGAACAUUACAUACAAAUAAGUGGUACAGCUAUGGGCACCAAAAUGGCCCCCUCUUACGCCAAUAUAUUUAUGGGAAGAUUGGAACGCAACCUGCUUCUCAGAGCUCCUUUCAAACCUUUGAGCUGGUUGCGGUUCAUUGAUGAUAUUGAGAUGAAAUGGGUCGAAAACCGAGACUGCCUAAAUGACUUCAUCACCUUUGCCAACUCCUUCCACAAUUCGAUUAAAUUCACAGUGGACAUAUCUAGUUCCAAAAAUGUAUUUUUGGAUACUACAUCCACCUUGGAAGAUGGUGAAAUAAAAUUCAGUCUCCAUACCAAACCCACUGAUUCUCACCUCUACCUCAAGCCAUCGAGUUGCCACCCUCCCCAUACUUUUAGAGGAAUUCCUAAAGGAUUAACUACCCGAAUCAGACGAAUCUGUUCUUCUAAUGAGAUCUUUGAAGAACAGAGCAGAAUAUUAAAAUCCCAUCUGUGUAAUCGAGGCUAUAAAGCCCACACAGUUCAAUCUGCGAUUGAUGAGAUUACUACAAAAGACAGGAAAACCCUUUUACAAUACAAAGAGAAAACAGACAAAAGCAGGGUUCCACUUGUCACUACAUAUCACCCCGCCCUUAAGAACCUCAACACCAUCCUUAAAAAUAAUCUGCCCAUUCUUUACACUAACGAAAGAAUGGCUGAUCUUUUCAAGGAUCCACCAAUGGCUGCAUUUAAACGCCCGAGGAACUUAAAGGACAUGGUAGUGAGGGCAAGAUUAGACAACCCGUUGCCAAAUGGUGGUUUUAAAACAUGUUCCGAUACCAGAUGCCUGUUGUGCAAACACAGCACCAACGCGGACAGUUUUAAAAGCCCCAUCACAGGUCGCACCUACAAGAUAUUUGGCAACACUUCUUGUCGCACAGACAACUGCAUCUAUCUCAUCAGUUGCAAAGUCUGCUCUAAGCAAUACGUCGGUGAAACAGGUGACCUCCGCAGAAGGAUCAACAACCACCGCUCUACCAUAAAGACCAAAAAAGUCAAGGAGCCCGUCGGAGAACAUUUUAAUACAAGUGGCCACAAAUGGGAAGACAUGACAGUAUUGGUUAUUGACCAUAAUCCUCAUUGGACAGACGCGGAGAGGAAGAGCAAGGAAAAGUUCUGGAUGCACAGACUCAAAUCAUUCAGACCUGAUGGCAUGAACAAACAAAUGGACUUCACUAAAAUGAACGUCUCAUAG